AUGGAAGAAAAUAAUUUACAAAACAAGCAAAUCAAUACUAUUAAACCAAUUAACAAGGAUGCUGUUCACAAAAUAUGUUCUGAUCAAGUGGUUCUUAGUUUAGCAGUAGCAGUGAAGGAAUUAGUUGAAAACUCUUUAGACGCUGGGGCCACUAAUAUUGAAGUCAGACUUAAAAACUAUGGCACAGAUUUAAUAGAAGUUUCAGAUAAUGGAUCUGGUGUGACUGAGGAUAAUUUUGAAGCUUUGACCUUAAAAUACCAUACAUCAAAAUUAAAUGAUUACUCGGAUUUGCUUGGGGUAUCAAGCUUUGGCUUCAGGGGAGAGGCUUUAAGUUCACUAUGCUCUUUAGCCAACCUCACAGUUACAACCAGACAUGAAACAAGUAAACAUGCUACCAAAAUUGAAUAUGAUCACAAAGGCCACAUAUCAAGCAAAACACCCUGUUCCCGUCAAGUUGGUACAACGGUGACUUUAACCAAUCUUUUCUACACAUUACCAGUAAGACAAAAAGAGUUUCAUAAAAAUGCAAAAAGGGAGUUUAAUAAAAUGACCAGUCUUUUAUAUGCAUAUUGUUUAAUAUCUAAAGGGGUUAAAAUUACAUGUAGUAAUCAAACAAACUCAAAUUCUAAGUCACUAGUUGUUGCAACCCAAGGCUCUAACUCAUAUAAGGAUAAUAUUGCAAGUGUGUUUGGAGUGAAGCAAUUACAAAGUAUUCUAGAUAUUAAAACUGAGAUGGUUUCCAAUAUUAAAGAUAAUAUAUUUCGAGGACUAUCAGGAGAAGCAAUGGUAAAUGAAGAAAGUGUUAAUAUAGAAGACGUGGAAAUUGAUUUAUCUGAGGAUUCCAAUGAUGCCCAAACUGAUGAUAAUUCAAGUCAAAUACCAUCAUCUCAAAGAUCACAAGGUUACAAAAAUAUACCAAAUCCUGUUGAGCUCACAGGAUUUAUCUCUUCAUGUGCUCAUGGUAGUGGAAGAUCAAGUACGGAUAGACAAUUCUUCUAUGUAAACUCCAGGCCUUGUGAGCCGGUGAAAAUUAUUAAACUGAUCAAUGAAAUAUACAGACAAUACAACCCACAUCAGUAUCCAUUUGUAUUUUUAAAUGUUAAUAUUGAAAGAACUUCAGUUGAUGUGAAUGUAACUCCUGAUAAGAGGAAAGUAUUUUUGACUAAGGAGAAAGCUAUUUUAGAUGUUGUUAAGAGCUCUCUUUUGAAAGUGUUUGAAGAUAUUCCUAGAUCUGUUAAAGUCGAGGCUCCAUCCAUUGUCUCUAUGGUAAAAACUGAACCUGAACUUUCUCAGCCCAGGAUAUUUCAAUCAUUUCUCAAACAAUUUAGCAACAAAUCAAGUUCUAUUAAACCUAACGAGCCUAGCAAUCCUGAUAAGUGUGAAUUAAAAAGAAAGUCAUCGUCAGUUUUGGAUAACUUCAUUAAAAUAAAAAAGAGUCAUGUUACAAAAGAAGAAGAUAAUUUAAUUGAAGAGGAAACAGAAGAAAAUUCUAUGUUAGAUGAAAGUAAGGAUCAUAAUACACUAAAUGUAUCUAUUGUAGAAAGUAUGGAAAAUGCUAAUGAGAAAAAUAUUAAUAAUUCUUUGGAAAAUAAAGAUACUACCAUUGUUGAAGAAUCACAUACUAUUUACUGUAACACUAAAAGUAUAGAAACUAAAAAACCAAAAGUAAAUAAAGUUAUUACAGAUAAAGAACAGUUAGGCAAAGCUGUGAGAAUGGAAGUCACAUUAAAGACAUCUUUGGAACAAAUAAAAAAACUAUGUGAUACAUACAAACAAAAUAAAGAUAACUCAAAACCAGACCGGAUAAGAUUUAAAACUAAAAUAGAUCCAAUAUUUAAUAAGAAAUGUGAAGAAGAAUUGAGUAAGGAAAUAGAAAAAGAAUCUUUUACUAAAAUGAAAAUUAUUGGUCAGUUUAAUCUAGGCUUUAUAAUAACUAGACUUGAUGACGAUCUUUUUAUUAUUGAUCAACAUGCUACAGAUGAGAUAUACAACUUUGAAACCUUACAGAAAACUACAGAACUUACGAGUCAAAAAUUAGUAAUCCCACAGCAACUUGAACUCACUGGGGUCAACGAACAAAUAUUAAUGGACAAUGUAGAUAUUUUUAAAAAGAAUGGUUUUACUUUUGCAAUAGAUGAAAUGGCUGCCCCUACCAAAAGAGUUAAACUUUUGACUCUUCCUAUGUCCAAAAAUUGGAUAUUUGGAAAAGAAGACAUCGAAGAACUCGUAUUUAUGCUGAAGGAAAAUCACUCAGAAUAUUGUAGGCCAAGCAGAGUAAGAGCAAUGUUUGCAUCCCGAGCGUGCAGAAAGUCUGUUAUGAUUGGAACAGCUCUCAGUAAAGGAGACAUGAGAAAACUAGUUGACCACAUGGCUGAAAUAGACAAGCCUUGGAAUUGCCCUCACGGAAGACCAACAAUACGACAUCUCAUAAAUCUGGGAAUGGUACAAACUGUUGACUAA